CAUAAUCCAGCUUCUACAAUAUCAUACAUACAGGAGGUCAAGCUGACUGAUUGUUCUCAGUGUGUUGGCAGACCAUCAGACACACAGAGAACACAAGCCAUAGGGAACUAUCUCAGAAUGGAUAUACCACAAGAUCUCGCAUUACUAUUGAUUUUAUGCACCUCUUGUCUCUUCUUGUAUCUGAGAUUGAAGAGAUUAUGGACCUGUCAAAACCUUCCCCCUGGACCAACACCUUUACCACUGCUGGGGAACAUCCUAGAUAUAAAAAUAGGAGACUUAGUGAACUCUCUGAUGAAACUCAGAGAGAGAUAUGGUGAUGUGUUUACCAUCUAUCUUGGGUCCCGUCCAAUUGUGGUUGUUACUGGAUACAAAUUAGUGAAAGAAAUCUAUGUAGACAAUGGAGAUGAUUACUUAAACCGCGGGGACAUACCAUGCUGGCAGCCUUUCUAUAAGGAUUAUGGUCUGGUUUUUACCAAGAACAUAGGGAGGUGGAGGGAGCUCCGCCGGUUUUCCAUGUCCGCUUUGCGUGAGUUUGGCUUUGGAAAAAGGAGCAUUGAAGAUCGUAUUCAGGAAGAGACUAGUUGGCUGGUGGCAGAGCUGAAGAAGACUCAAGAGUCAUUCUUUGAUCCUCGACACUGUUUCAGCAAAGCUAUUUGUGAUUUAACUUUUUCCAUCAUGUUUGGAAAUCAUCAUCAAUAUCAAGAAAAGGACAUGGAUUCUGUUUUGUCUUGCAUACAUGAAGUAAUUGUGAUUAUCAGCUCAGCCUGGGGGCAGAUCUAUGAUGCGUUUCCAUGGCUGAUGAGAUUUCUUCCUGGCCGUCACCAUAAGACAUAUCAUCUGCUAAAGAAGCUCAGCCAUUUUGUUGAAACUAGAGUCCAAAUUAACUUGAAAACUUUGGAUCCUAAUAACCCCAGAGAUUAUGUUGACGCUUUCCUCAUCAAAAUAGAAAAGGAGAAAGCGAACCCAGACAGUGAAUUUAACAUGAAGAAUUUACUGGCGUGUACCUUACAAAUCUUCUUUGCUGGGGUGGAUACUGUCAACACAACGCUAAUCUAUUCUCUCUUAGUUCUUCUGAAAUAUCCUGAUGUCCUUGCAAAAGUGCAUGAUGAGAUUGACUGUGUCAUUGGCCGACAUCGCAGCCCAACUAUUCAAGACCGGAACAACAUGCCUUAUACAGAAGCAGUGAUUCAUGAAAUGCAAAGAUUCACCGACAUGUCUCCAUUGGGUUAUCCACGUAAAACAUUAAAAGAGGUGAAGCUAAAAGGAUACACACUACCAAAGGAUAUCGAUAUUUUCCCAGCACUGACAUCUGUGCUGAAAGAUCCGUCCUGUUUUAAGUACCCAACAGAAUUUAACCCCGAAAAUUUCCUCAACGAGAAGGGAGAGUUUCAGAAGAAUAAUGCCUUCAUGCCUCUAGCUGCAGGAAAGAGAAACUGCAUCGGAGAGCCCCUAGUACGAAUGGAACUGUUCCUCUUCUUUGUCACCAUCCUGCAAAAUUUUAACUUGAAGUCCCCUGUGCCACGAGAAGAACUGGACCUUACACCCAAUGUAUCUGGACUGUUAAACCUUCCCAAACCAUACAAAGUUUCCUUUAUUCCUCGUUAACUACUAGGAUUGGCUCAGAACAUUGUAAUGCACUGUAAGGGGAAUAUUUAAGUGCGGGUUUUUAGAAGUGGAGAUGUUUCCCAGAGCAACCAAUCAGCUUCUAGCUAUUAUCUUCUAGAAGGUGCUCGAUGAAUAAAAAGUAAAAUAUGAUGCAACAUCUCCACUUCUAAAAACGUGCACUGUAGUAACUACACCCAUAAGUGUUCACUUGGGGGAGAAUUCAAUUGUUUGAAAAGUCGGUUGGGUGUCUGUUUUUUCCUGUCUAUUAGAUAGGAAAAAAACAGACACCCAACUGACUUUUCAAACAAUUGAAUAUACCCCUUGGUGUUUACUUGGAAUUUAAGGUGACUCAAUACUGUAUGUACAUUUCUGAAGACCUUAUCUGCCUUGUACAGUAUCAUCAGUAUCAUACAAUUUAUCUAAGUAUAUUUA